AUGUUCGUGAACGGCGAAGUGCGAGAAUUCCACACCACGCUCCCCGAGAACUACGACCAAAACGCUCCCUACCGGCUGAUAUUCUGCUUCCAUUUCCUGAAUUCCGACAUGACAGACAUAGUGACUGGAAAAUGGGUCGAGAAAGGAACAUAUGCCUAUUAUGGACUACAGCGGCUCGCAAACAACAGUGCAAUAUUCGUGGCGCCUCAGGGCACGGCGCGUGGUUGGCCCAAUAUCCUGGGGAAAGAUAUGGCUUUCGUGGCUGCCUUGACCGAGGCCCUGGAAGCGGAUCUGUGUGUGAAUCCGAAUCUGGUGUUCGCGACGGGAUGGAGCUAUGGUGCCAGCAUGACCUAUUCUGUUGGUUGUUCGUUGGCCGAUAAGUUCCGGGCAGGUGUUGCGAUAGGCGGGGCGGAAGUCAGUGGUUGUGAUGGAGGCACGGAUCCUUUCGCGUAUAUGGGUGUGCACGGAGUGAAAGACGAGUUCUUGGUGAUUGAAAAAGGCAGGAAGAUGAGAGAUAGAUGGGUGACUGUUAAUGAAUGUCAAGUUCCGCCGGUCGUCCCAGAGCCACUGCCUGGAAGUUUCUCCCACAUCCUGACAGAGUAUCCCGGCUGCUCGGAUCAUCCUGUAUGGUGGCUUGCGUUUGAUGGUAACCAUACGGCGGCUCCGUAUGAUGGUGGCAUCGGAGAUAGUGCGACGAAGUCAUACGUUCCUCCGGAGACGUGGAGGUUUUUCACUCAGUUUGGUUGA